AUGGAUCUUUCCAAAAGGAAGCUCAUCCAUCAUGCUUGCUUAUAAACUUCUCUGUAAAGCCAUAUGUGUUGCCAAUAUCUUCCUUAAAGAAUCUUGGCAAGGCCUCUUUGGCACAGAGGAAGGGCCCUCAGCCUAGCUCUUCCUUGGCUAUAUCCAGCCGAAAAGGAGUGUUUUCAAAUCCAGAAGGUUUGAGAUAUGAAGCUUGAAACAACUUUGAUCAAACCUCAUGGAGAUAUAUGCGCUUGAAGGAGACCAGAUCCUCUUUCAGAUAGUCUAAUCUCACUCAUUUACAUGAGUGGGGAAGUCUAAUUGAAUGCAUAUGGUAAGACUUGCUUCAUUUUAAACAUGAUGAUAGAGAUCAAUCCGACUAUGAGUCGAAAAUGAUUUGAAAAUCUAAUCUCGUUAAGCUGAUCAUUUAAUUUGCCCUUUAACAAGUCUAACUAAUUCAUAGCAUCUGCGAAGAUAUCCAACGAGCUAUUUUAUCCUAAAAAUACUCCUUUU